AUGAGCUCUUCAACGACUGGCCUUGAUGCUCCGCACCCUGGGGAAACUAGCUUGCUCCCUCAAGCGAGUGCACCGCAGCAAAACUUUACAGAAGAAUGGCUAGCUAGUGCCCAUUUAUCUCCAGGACCUUACGACCCUCACGGUAGAACCAAUGGUAGCGAUGGACCUUUGUCGGCAAUGGAUAUUUGGAAUUCUAGAGAUAGAGGAGGACCGUCUACUCCGCAGCCCACGCAGGGGAUCUUAGGAGCACAGGCGCCAGGACCACACAAUCCUCCAAUCGCUUCUUCGGUCCGUCGGCCUGGAUUGAAGUACCCGGUCCUCGAACCUGUGAUGCCACAUCUGGAUUCAAAUCUGUCCCCACGCCUGGUGUCCGAACUACUGGAGUUGUAUUUCACAAGUGCCUUUUCGACCCAUAUGCACCCGGUGUGUCACCACAUCCACUGCUAUGUCCUUCGGAAAGCAUCGUUUCUCAACAACGAUCGGCCACGGCCGAGCAGUCCGGCUUUACUUGCAAGUAUGCUUUGGGUCGCAGCAGUCGAUGAUCGGGCAUUUGGCCUGUCGAUAUCACCACUUCAGCGCCGUAAAAUUUGCCACUUUCUCUGUGCUUUGACCAUUCGCCUUUUGCGACCAUUGAUUCAUGUUUCGUUCAAUGACCAAGGAACCGCCGAAAUGGCCACCAAGCCCCAGGAUUUCGCUGCUGCUGGCGUGCAGCCUCCCUUUGAGGGCGUGGGAGAUGAUAAGGGGUUGGUUGGCCCGGCCGGGUCACUCGACGAUGUGGUCACCUAUAUUCACGUGGCCUCGAUUAUUUCUUCGAGUGAACAAAAGCGGCGAGUGGCACGCAGCGUUCACUCUGGCGCGGGAAAUCCUGGCCGCCCCUCCAAGAUUCUCUGGGGGGCUGGGCAAGUUCCCCCCGGCGACGCGAUCUUUGACGAUUCAAAGCCUAGCCGACCGAUCUUGGAUUGUGUCUGCGACGAAACAACCGAGGUAGUCACCGAGGAGCAUCGUGAAGAGCGCCGACGGACUUGGUGGCUCCUCUACAUCAUGGAUCGCCAUCUAGCACUUUGCUAUAAUCGGCCACUGGCUUUGCUGGAUGCUGAAAGUGAAGAUUUGCUGCUGCCCUUAGAUGAGGGUGCCUGGCAAGCGGGUAACAUUCAUAGCAAUAGCCCUCGUCCCGAAGGACCGCAAUGUCCGCGAUCCGGGGAUCUUCAUAAACGUCGGGUAUUUCCUAAUUUCAUUUGUCAUGAUCACUCCAUCUUGGGGUUCUUCUUACCGCUCAUGACCAUCACCGGCGAGUUGAUCGACCUGAACCAGGCCCGGAAUCAUCCUACUCUUGGCCUACGCUUGCAAGGUAAAGAGGCAUGGGGGAUGCAUGUGACCGAAGUGCUCAGGCAGCUUGAGAUCUACAAAGCGAGCUUGACCACAUUUAUAGCUACAAGCGCUGCUGACCCUGCCACCUCCGCACCUGCUGAUUUUGCUUCCAACAAGCCCAAUGAAACGGCCGACGCGCAGGCCUACCCGUGGCACACACAAACCGUCGUGGCGUAUGCUUCAUACUUGGUCCAUGUCCUACAUAUCCUCUUAGUGGGGAAAUGGGAUCCCGUUUCCCUCAUCGAAGACAAAGACUUUUGGACCUCAUCCCCGGCCUUCGCGUCGACAAUCUCUCAUGCCUUAGAUGCGGCCAAUUCGGUCCAACAAAUCCUGCGCUAUGAUGCGGAUAUCAGCUUCAUGCCGUACUUCUUUGGCAUCCAGCUACUGCAAGGAAGCUUCUUGCUCCUCCUCAUCGUCGAGCGCCUGCAACAAGAAGCCGGUGAAGUGAUCCUGAGCGCGUGCGAGACCAUGAUCCGGGCGACCGAGUCAUGUGUGGUUACGCUCAACACUGAAUACCAGCGUAGCUUCCGCCAGGUCAUGCGUAGUGCCGUGGCUCAAGCCCGAGGACGACCGGUGAAUCCAAGUGAGAUCCGGCAUCGACGCAAGGCCGUCCUAGCCCUUUAUCGGUGGACCAGAAAGGGAACGGGGCUGGCGUUAUAG